GGCAAUGCUUUGCAAACACUUCCAUUAGCGUGCGCCAUUUUGAUAUAUUCGUGUAUUUCGGCGUAAUGCAUUUGACUGAAUAUUUCAAUAAAAUACACUAAUUUAAAACGCAAAAAAGUGUUAAAAAUGUUAUUGAAUGGUGCAACAACGAAAGGAGUGAAGAAGUUGUUUCGAAACGUUAUUAGUUUGAGUAAAAAGUGUGUUUAAAGAAAAGGACCGUAUCGCAAAGUGAAAAAUUUUCAGACGACUACACAAAAAUUUGUUCGUGUCCCGAAAGCCAAGCGUUUCUUCGGUCUCGUGUAUUCCACUCAUAUAAAGGAAAAAAGAAAAUCGAAAAUUUCCAACUUUCCCCGUGAAAACUGUGAAAAUUUCAAAGACUUAGGAAGCGUAGUGAUUAUAGAUAAUCUAGAAACCUAUUAAUGGACUGAGAUUGUUGUAAGUGAUCCAAAUAUAGCAGUGUAUUUUAGUUUGGUUUUGAAAAACUGAAACUGUGUAUGUGAAAGUGUUUACGACCAAUGGAAAUGAAUUGUUUUGCAAUCGUUUUAAACAAUUCAUAUUUUCAUAGUUUAGAAGGGCGUAGAGAGCAGGUGCCGCUGGAUACAAGAUUUGCCUGUCAUCGAAUAUUUCCCACAUUUGCUGGAUUAUUUGAAUGAAUCGUCUGCGCAAGCAUUAAUUGCCGAACAGCCUCCGGGUGGAGUCCUCGUCAUAAUUUUGACAUCGCUUGGAGCAUAAAACUUGGAAGUGGGGUUUACACUACCAUCGUUCCCACAUUAAUUGCAAAUUUAAGUAGAGAAUAAAAGUAUUUGUUGCCGACAUUACGCAUUAAUAAAAGUCAUCGACGAAUGCAUGGUUGUACGAAUUGAAAAGAAGUGAAAAAGGAGCAGACGUAAUAAAUACAAGGCAUAGAUAUAAUACGUAAAGGAAGAGAAACUAGUUUUGUUUUCUUUUUAAUACAACGUUCGCAGUAACAUCGUUUGGCUGAAGUGAAGCAAUCGUCGACGGUGGCCAUCGUAGCUGCAUGGUAAUUGUUAUUGCCAUCGUCAUUGUGUAUUUUAUUGAUGUCUCCCUCACACUUAUUGGCGAGUAAAGGUGAAAAAAGCCGCAUGCGAGCAGAAUACAUAGAAAGUGAGUAGGAAACAACGAAAAACAAAACAAAGUACACAAAGAACAUAAGCAGCAGAUAUUAAAGUCAAAAACGACGAAUAAUAGGAAGUAGUAGAUCGGGAAAAGUAAAACAAGACAAAGCAAAGUAAACGAGAGCUGUUGUCUUAUUCGAAAUGUUUAUGUAGUGAAUUGGUGAGAAUUGUUGGUGAAAAUCGUAAGUGUAUAGUGAAUACAACUGAACGAAGAGGUGACAAAGUAGAAGAGAAAAGCCGUAUACAGAUUGUUGGUGAUUAUUCGGACAGUUUUUGUUAAACAUCUUUUUAGCACAAACAUCGUAGAAUAACACUGCACGGUAAACUCUGUACACUUUCGAAAUUUUUUCUAGAUUAAAGGAACAUUAAUUUGACAGUGUUUUGCACUUCAAUAUUUGGGCAUAUAUGUUUUUAUGCGCGCCGUUGCAGUGAUGAUAUAAAUGCAUAAUAUAGCAGUGCAGUUGCAGCGGCCGUUGACGGAAACUGCAAGCCUCUUACAACAGCAACUGCAGUAAAAAUAUAUCCCUGGGAUUGAGUCACACAAGUAAUGAAUGAGAAAAUAAAAUCACCCUCUGGCCAGGGUGGUGCUGCUGGCGGAGGUGGGGUAGGGCCACCCAGCGGACCGAGUGGUCAAAUUGGCGCUGGUGGUCCUGGAAGUAGCGGAAAUGGUGGCCCCGGUGCUGUUGUGCCAGGUGGUCCAGCUCCACCUAAUUCAGCGAUAGGCGGAGGACCACCCAGUGGAGGUCCACCUACACCCAAUAACGGUAGUGAUCCACAACAACACACAAUUUCACAUUCGUAUGGACCACCUGGCAGUGAUCCAUCUGCUGCAAUAUCACAUUAUCAUAUGCAUCAACAACCGCAUCCACAACAACAUUUAUCGCACCAGCAGGGUGGCCCCGGAGGCCCUGGUGGCCCACAAAACCCUGGUGAGCAUCCACAAAAAGAUGAAUACGGGCAAGGUCCUUUGGGUGGACCGCCACCACCACCACCAGGUGGACAUCAUCCGGUUUACGGACGUUAUCAUCAUCCAGAUCCAAAUAUUGAUCCCUAUCGCUAUGGGCAUUCCCCUAUGCAACAGCCGCCACCUGGUGGCAAACCACAACAACAACCAGGACCGCCGUCUGGACCGGGUGGUGGCAUAGCCUCACCCAGUCGACCACCACAGCAACGAUAUAUACCCGGGCAGCCACCGCAAGGUCCCACACCCACUUUAAAUUCUUUACUACAAUCGUCGCAUCCACCGCCGCCGCCACAACAUCGUUACGCAAAUAGUUAUGAUCCGCAACAACAGCAGCAACAAGUUGCACAACAGCAACAACAAGGCGGACCACAAGGACCCCAUGGACCACCACCUCCACCACAUCAAGCAUAUGGAGCGCAACAAGGAUGGGCACCACCACCACGUCCAUAUAGCCCACAAUUAGGACCGUCGCAGGCCUAUCGAACGCCACCACCGACAAAUACUUCCAGAGGUCAAUCACCUUAUCCGCCAACACAUGGUCAAAAUUCUGGUUCCUAUCCAAGUUCACCCCAACAACAGCCGGGCGGUCCACCACCGCCACCACCGCAAUCAUCAAAUCAAGGUACGGCUGCUGCACAAUACUCACCGUAUCCACAGCGGUAUCCCACACCGCCUGGACCGGCGACAGGUCCGAAUCAUCGAACUGCCUACUCACAACAUCAGUAUCCUGAACCGAAUCGACCUUGGCCCGGUGGUACAUCGCCGGCACCUAGUCCUGGGCCUGGUGGCCAUCCUCAUCCCCCAGCAUCACCGCAUCAAUCACAGCAUGGCGGCCCACCGCCAAGCAGUAGUCCUGGACAUGCACCGAGUCCUUCGCCGCAGCCAUCACAGGCGUCACCAUCACCACAUCAGGAAUUGAUCGGUCAAAAUAGCAACGAUAGUUCGAGUGGGGGCGGACACAGCGGUAUGGGUUCGGGGCCCCCGGGCACGCCAAAUUCACAGCAAGUAAUGCGUCCCACACCUUCACCAACAGGCUCAUCCGGUUCGCGUUCCAUGUCACCUGCAGUGGCACAAAAUCAUCCAAUUUCACGACCCUCUAGUAAUCAAUCGAGUAGUGGUGGUCCUAUGCAACAGCCUGGCGCUUCUGGACCUCCACCACCCCCGCCCCAUAUGCAAGCGGCGCAAGGUGGCGGUGGUCCACAGCAACAACAACAGCAGCAGCAGCAAAUGCCUGCACAAUCGCAAUCUCAGCAGCAACCUAUCGGUGGUCCUGGUGGUGUGCAUAACCAACCAGCUGGUGUUGGUGGCUCGCAGCAACAAGUUGGUGGCAUACCGCCAGGUGGUCCCGGCGCUCCUUCAGGUCCACAACAACAACAACCACUUCCACCGAAUCAAGGCUUGAACACUAUGUCAACGCCACCCCCACAAGGGGCGGGUGGUGGUGCGAGUGGUUAUCCACCUCCUCCACAUAUGCAUGGUGUCUAUAAAAUGGGCGGUCCAGGACAGAGUCCAGGUCCAGGACCACAAGGUUUGCCGACUGGCUACCCACCACAGUCGCAGCAAUAUUCUCAAGGAUCCUACCCGCCUCGUCCUCAAUACACGCCCAGCGGCUAUGCGCCCUCUCAACCGCCAUCAAACCAACCAAACUCCGCCAACAGUAUGCCUCCUGGUGGCGGUCCUCAAUACCCCGGUCGACCAAUGCCAAAUCAUACUAGUUCUGGUGGUCCACAUGUGCAGUAUCCACCCUAUCAGAAUUGGGUGCCACCAUCGCCACAAGGUGGGCCAGGAGGUGGCGGUGGUCCAAGCGGUGUUGGUGCUGCGGGUAUGGGCAAUCAUGUACAAGGCAAAGGUACACCCCCACCGGGCGGCCCACCACAGUCACCCGGAGGUGGCUCACCGCGCCCACUCAACUAUUUGAAACAGCAUUUACAACAUAAGGGCGGCUAUGGUAGCGGACCAACGCCGCAGCAGGGCUAUGGUAACGGACCAGGCAUGCAUCCAGGUAUGCCAAUGGGACCACCCCAUCAUAUGGGACCGCCACACGGACCUACAAAUAUGGGUCCGCCAACAAGUACACCACCGCAGUCGAUGGGUGGAGUUGGUCCUAUCGGUAGUAUGGUGGGUGUGGGCGGUAAUGUUGGCAGUGGUGUGGUAUUGCCCGGUGACGGCGAACACAUUUCACAAGAUAAUGGCAUUAGUUCGUCGGGUUCAUCCACAGCAUCGGGACCACAUCCAGUCACUUCUCUGGUUACAACUGGUCCAGAUGGCACACCUAUAGACGAAGUUAGCCAACAAAGUACGCUAUCAAAUGCAUCAGCAGCUUCUGGUGAAGAUCCACAAUGCACAACACCAAAAUCACGUAAAAACGAUCCAUAUAGCCAAAGCCAUUUAGCGCCACCAAGUACAUCACCGGUUGGACACCCCGGACAUCCAGGUGGACCCGGUGAAGAUUAUGAAAUGAAUUCACCCCCAAAUUGGACGCGACCACCAGUAAGUCCUCAAGUUUUCAAUAGUCAUGGACCGCCACAAGAGACUUUUCGUACAUCGUCUACCAAAAAAUCUGAUAGCCUCUGCAAACUGUAUGAAAUGGAUGAUAACCCAGAAAGGCGAAGCUGGCUAGAUAAGCUGCGGGCGUUCAUGGAGGAGCGGCGCACACCAAUCACCGCCUGUCCAACAAUAUCGAAACAACCGCUCGAUUUAUAUAGGUUAUAUAUUUAUGUAAAAGAACGUGGAGGAUUCGUCGAGGUUACGAAAAGCAAAACAUGGAAAGAUAUCGCCGGUUUAUUGGGCAUAGGUGCUAGCAGUAGUGCCGCCUACACCCUACGCAAACACUAUACAAAGAAUUUGUUGACCUUUGAGUGUCAUUUCGAUCGUGGCGAUAUAGAUCCGUUGCCGAUCAUUCAGCAAGUGGAAGCCGGUACAAAAAAGAAAUCGACAAAAGCCGCUUCUGUGCCAUCGCCAGGCGGUGCAAUUGCAUUGGAAAAUACAAAUACAUCUACAAUGUCAGCAGGUUCCUCAAAUUCUCAAGAUUCAUUUCCCGCACCGGGCUCAGGCACAAAUGCAUCGAUUGAUGGCUAUCCAGGUUAUCCGAGUGGUUAUCCCGGCACAACUGGUCCACAGCCAGAUUAUGGAGCGGGCGGUAUUCAAAUGCAACGACCACCCUCACAAAGCAACGCACAAACCCCACAUGCAGGCAAUACUCAAACAGCAGCAGUUGGUGAUAAUAUUAGUGUGAGCAAUCCUUUUGACGAUCCGGUUGUGGGUGGCGGUGGUAGUGGCAAUAAUAGCGUCAGCAAUGCACCACCGCCGCCACGUGCCUCCCCUUAUCAACAGGGCGCUGGCAAUGCUUACACGCCGGUGUCUAGAGCGCCAGGUUCUCCAUAUCCGGGUCAACCGGGUGCUUACGGUCAAUAUGGUUCAAGUGAUCAAUACAAUGCCACUGGUCCACCUGGGCAGUUUGGCCAAAGCCAAGGACCACAGUUUCCGCCACAGAAUCGAAACAUGUACCCUCCUUAUGGACCAGAGGGGGAAGCUCCUCCACCUGGUGCAAAUCAAUAUGGCCCUUAUGGUAAUCGUUCGUAUAAUCAACCGCCACCGGGUAGCUCUCAAACACCUACACCGCCUGGUUCGGCAGUAGGUGGAACUGCUGGUCCCCCCACCGGUGGGCCACAAGCGCCAGGCGGCGGCUAUCCGCCAGGUGCCCCAACUCAACAGGAUUAUUACAGACCGCCCGAUCAGACGCCCCAACCACGUCGACAUCCGGAUUUUGUGAAAGAUUCACAAUCCUAUCCAGGUUAUAAUCCCAGACCUCAAUUGUACGGUGGUUGGAGCGGUUCAAAUCAAUACCGUGGGCAGUAUCCUUCUGCACCCUCGCCACAAGGUUGGGGCAGCGCACCACCACGAACAGCCGCACCGCCUGGUAGUGGUCCACUUGGGCCUCCCAAUCAACAGUCAUCGGCCGCCGUGCAAUGGGAACAACAUCGUUAUGGCCCGCAACAACCUCCACCUCCGCCGCAACAACAGCCGCCAUACCAACAACAAGGUCAGCAGCAACAGACACCGCCACCACCACAGUGGGCACAAUUGGCUGGCACCGCGCAGCCACCACCCCAAGGGAGCGCGCCUGGUACAGCGUUACGGCCAACUAGUGGUGGCCAACAGCAGCUACCACAACAACGCCCCGGUAUGCCACCACCACCCGCCCAACAACAACCUGUUGGCCCGACGUCCAGUCAAACCAUGACAAAACAACCGUUUGUGAUGCCACCACCACCGCAAGUUGGAGGUACAGGUUCUCCUACUUGUGGUCCACCACCAUCCAUAGCCCCACCCAGCACAGUCAAUACGAUGUCACCAGUUAUGGGCGCACCUGUUGCUGGUUUGUCCAAGCCACCAGUGUCUGUUGUAAACGCUAUACCACAAGUUGGCGCUCCUGGUCUGCCACAAUUACCAGCACAACAGCAGCCUCUUCAAGCUCAGCCCCAGCAACCGUUUCCCACUCCUGCCGGCACACAGAUCAUUAAAAAGGAAAUUAUUUUCCCGCCGGAUAGCGUUGAAGCCACCACACCCGUGCUAUAUAGACGCAAACGUUUGUCUAAAACUGAUGUUUGUCCGGUGGAUCCAUGGCGCAUAUUUAUGGCAAUGCGCUCUGGCCUUUUAACUGAGUGCACCUGGGCUUUAGAUGUCUUAAAUGUGUUGUUAUUCGAUGACACAACGGUACAGUACUUUGGGCUGGCGCAUUUGCCUGGUCUGUUGACCCUACUUUUGGAGCACUUCCAAAAGAAUCUCGCAGAGAUGUUCAACGAUUGCGACACGGACGUUGAUCAUCAUCGUGUCGGUAUUCGAAAUGCACGGGUAGUACAAAUCUACAACCGCAAACAAAAGCAACAAAAACAGCAUGGAAUCAACGAAGCCAUAGAGUGUAACAACGAUUAUAAGUCGUUUAAAAUACCAAUGGUCGAUGAUGACGACGAAGAUGAAGGAAUCGAUUUAGGUCAAAUUCGGGUGCUACCAAACCCCGAAGAGAGAGUAAUGCUGCUUUCGCACACACCCAACUACACAAUGCUGUCGCGUAAGGGCUUGCCGGUUCGUCUGCAACCGGCGGAAGAUGAUAUUUUUGUGUCAAAUAGACAAAAGGACUGGGACUCAGAAGAGGAGCCCAUCUAUGAGCAGACAAUUGUGACUGAACCCACAGGUUGGAGUUGGACGUAUGGUUUUGCGGAUCGCAGCGCGCAAGACGGCAUUAUCGAUGUAUUCAAGUCAGAAAUCAUAAACAUUCCAUUCGCACGUUUUAUACGUAGCAGCAGCGAAAAUAGUAAUAACGUCAGUAACGUUGCGAACAAGUCGUCAAUGAAAAAUAAUGCAGAAGAAGCGAAUACUGCUGUAACCUGCAAAGGAAGCAGUAAAAUUGUAACAGGCGAGCAACCCGAAGACGGAAGCUCCCCAGAGGAUAGCAAACUGGAGCAUACGUUUAACAAAAAACGGCGAUUAUUCAACAACAGCAACGGUAAUAAUGGCAGCAAAUAUAGUUCCGUCGGAGGAACAGGCAGCCAUGAGGCUAGCGGUGCGAAAAGAUCUAAAUUGAAUGACGACGAAAUUGCAUUUGUGCAGCCCGGUCUCAUUAAAAAGGAGCCAGCGGACGGAUUGCUAGCGGAAAAUCCCUCAGCCGCAACUGAUAGCGACUGUCGCGAGGUCGAUAUGGAAAUUGAGUUGUUGCCCCAACAACGUUUAGCUAAUAGCAGCGGUGGUGGUUUGCCAAAGAGCUUCGACCCAAUGUCGACAGUGCGCGACGCAGCACAGGUACUGCAGCGACGACGCGCUUCCACCGUUGAAGAAGAGUGCUAUACACGUGACGAAGCCAGUCUUUACCUGGUUAGCGAGUGUCAAGAUGCGCUUGCACGUCGAUGUAUCUGUCUGUCAAACAUUUUCCGCAACUUGACAUUUGUACCCGGCAACGAAACGCUUCUAGCCAAGUCACGGCGUUUUCUCGCUAUCCUUGGUCGCUUGUUGCUGCUCAACCACGAACAUUUGCAGCGAACUCCAAAGACGCGUAACUAUGAUCGUGAGGAGGACACUGACUUUUCAGACUCGUGCAGUUCCCUACAAGGAGAACGCGAAUGGUGGUGGGACUAUCUGGUUCACAUACGCGAGAAUAUGCUUGUCGCCUUGGCAAAUAUUGCGGGACAUUUGGAACUGUCACGCUACGAUGAGCUCAUCGCACGGCCACUUAUAGACGGUCUCCUGCAUUGGGCUGUAUGUCCAAGUGCGCAUGGUCAAGAUCCUUUCCCGUCUUGUGGGCCUAAUUCUGCACUCUCGCCACAACGGCUAGCGCUCGAGGCGCUCUGUAAACUUUGCGUUACAGAUGCCAAUGUCGAUCUCGUUAUAGCGACACCACCGCAUUCAAGGCUGGAAAAACUAUGCGCCGUAUUAACACGUCACCUGUGUCGCAAUGAGGAUCAAGUAUUGAGAGAGUUUUCCGUUAAUCUUCUACAUUACUUAGCCGCAGCUGAUAGUGCUAUGGCACGAACAGUCGCGUUGCAAUCCCCCUGUAUCUCCUAUCUUGUGGCGUUCAUCGAACAAGCAGAGCAAACAGCUUUAGGCGUGGCCAACCAGCAAGGAAUCAACUAUUUGCGUGAAAAUCCCGACUCAAUGGGCACCAGUUUGGACAUGUUGCGACGUGCUGCCGGUACGUUGCUACAUCUAGCCAAACAUCCAGACAACCGUUCGCUCUUCAUGCACCAAGAGCAACGUCUGCUCGGAUUGGUGAUGUCAAACAUACUCGACCAGCAGGUGGCUUUGAUUAUAUCGCGUGUACUGUUUCAAGUUUCGCGUGGCACUGGUGCAGGGGGACCGUCGACUAUGCCGUCACUGGAAUAUCGAUUCCAGCAACGCCAGACUGAAGAGAAAACUAACACGACCGAAAAGCACUACGCUACCGGUAAUAGUGGUAGCAAUGAUGUAAAAGUGGAAAAUAAAGUGCAAACGACACCUCCAGCUCCAGUGACAAUAAAAACACCACCAUCUGCGGCCGCUGUAGAAAAAGUUGCACCCACAACACCACAUGUGGUAAUAAGCGAUAUUAAAAAUGAGGAACCACCAGCCGUUGCCAAGGACGCGAACGAUGCCAGCGCCAUCAAUGCGAAUGGCAACAACAGCACGAGUAGUGCUAGCAACCACAACGUCAGCGACAACAGCUGCGAUCCAGCUUUCACGCAAAAGUUGCCAAUCACAGCAACAAUGCCUACGGCGGUGAGUAAGACACAAAACGCCUGCGCCACUGUCGAUGAUAACAGCAACAGCAGUAAUGCUCUGGCACCAGCAGCGGCUUUGUUGAACGAUGUCAGCAAUAGUAGCACGAACAGCAACAGCUGCGGUACGGUAAGCAGUAACAGUAAUAGUAAUAGUAUAAGCAGCGGCAACAACAACACCAACAGCAAUAUGCACAUAAAAAAUGCGAUCGAGAAUGCCAACGUGAAUGCAUUGGGUGCCAUGGCUCCUGUGCUGGCCAACAGCGAAGCGAGUCAUAUGCAACCAAAUCUGCUGAGCAGUAACGGCAGUGGUAAGAAUGUGAUAAGCGCAGCUAUACCCACUAUUAAUGCAGCACCACUUACCAAUACCAGCAACAACAAUGGUAAUGGAACGGACAGCCGAACCAAUGCACAACCACCUGCUGCGUUAACAGGUGUGCCAGCACAAUCGCCACCUCCGCCAGCUCCACCAACUGCAACCGUGGCAGCAGCAACGGCGCCAACCACGACCGCAGCACCACCGGCAACCACCACAGCAGCGGUUGCGUAGUACAUGACGAUGUUGCCGACGUUAGCAGCAGUACCGGCAGUGUCAAUGAUACAGCAGCAGCAGCAAGAGCAUGUACAUAUACCAGAGCAACAAUCUAUAGGUAAGGAGCAUCAUCAUCUACACCAUCAGCAGCACUAUGCCCAACUGGAUGCACAUUACCAACAACAAACGCCGCUACCACCACCACCAACCCCUCCGCAAUCACACUAUCCCAUGCCGUCAUACCACUAUCAUUGGAGUAAUCAGCAAGUACCGCUGCUGCCACCAACAGCACAUUCUCAACCUCAUCAGCCGGAAGAUGCACACUAGACGUCACUGUAAACGUGAAUUGUAAAUUAUUAGAAUGAAGCAGCGCUGCAGUUGUAACGAAGUAGAAACGAAGUAAGGCUAGAACGAUUACAACGGAAUAUGAGCAAGGUCAUGUUAUAGUUCAAUGUAAAUUGCGGUAAUGAUACAGUUGUCACAGCGACGUUUGAAGCCUUUUGCCAACCGAGUAUCAUUGCGUUUCUCUUCGCCUAUAUAUGUAUAUGCUUAAGAGGAAAUAGCAGAUAAAUAAAAUAUAUAUAUAUAUGAUAAUGGUGAUCAACCUUGUAGAUAUAAUAACAAGCGUAGUAUUUAGUGUGUGUAAAGAAAAGUAUGUCUCACUUUUUGUAUUUUUAUUAUUAUUAUUAUUAAUAUUAUUAUUAUUUUUGUAAUAUUUUAAGAUACUUCUAAUUUCAUACCUAUGCUGGGAUAUAGAGUUAAUAGAAAGAAAUAUCAAUCGCCAAUUUGACAAAAACACUAAAAACAAGAAUGCAUUACUAACAUAUAACAUAAAUAAGGCUUAAAGCAAGCACUACGCUAGUGCUGAAAGGAAACAGAAAUUGGAUGAAAAGUUAAUAGAAAUGUACGGAACCAUUGAAAUCGAAUAAAACUAUAAAGGCUAGCUCGAUGGAAUGUAUCAAAGGACUAAGUUUAGUGGGACGCAAAAAAUAAAUUUGCCUCUUAAAAGCUGGGCAAUCGUUUCGAAAUAUUUGCAGACAUUUUAAAAUAUAUUUGCUUUAAAUUAUUUCAUGUGCUAAUUUUUAAUAUCGUUUAUUGCUCCACACUUGUGUAAAUAGCUCAAAAUUAUUGUUCUAACUUUCAAUCUCUAACUAGCAGCUCUUGGUUGUAUUUCGUAGGCAAAUUAUACGUGAUAAAAAUUUGUUUAGAUUAUUUUUUUUCACUUGUACACGAUUUGGACUUAAACCCGAGGUUGUUCUCGCUUUAAUUUCGCUUACUUAUUUUCGCCCAGCCACAGCCACUAUAUAUGUACGGGCGCGCAUGCUCGCACAUGCACAUGCUCAGAUUUCCCAAAAACAAUUAGAAAAUGAAUUACAUAACGCGGCAAACAAUGCACAUUUGAAAUGUAAUCCCUUCAUAUUUAAUGAUGCUAUUUUAAAUAUAUGAUUCGUGAAUAUAUAUUUAUAAUAUAUAUUCAAGUAUAUAGGUACGCAUUAACGAGCAAACAUAACUCCACACAAAAUGUGCAUGUAAAUUAAUAAUAAAUGAAUAUAUAUACAAACCCAAACUACAUGUAUUCAAAAAACGACAACAAAAACAAACCAAGAAAUAUAAAUGUAAAAGAGUGCUUAUUAUGCAACAUAAAUGAUAGGAAAAAGAUUAAGUUAAUUUCUAUAGCUAUGUGUAGCUUUUAACUUAUUAAAUUAUGAAUUAUAUACUAUUGUAAUACUAUAAUAUAAAUUUUCAACGUAAACUAUUAAAUAAGUAUGUAAUGCAACGCAUAAUGAGAAAAAAAGGAUGAAUAAUAACACAAACAACCCAAACACUGCAAUUUCAGCAUUAAAAUAAAAAAGAAUUAUUCACAAAUAAAAAAAGUAAUACUACAAAUUCAACUAUAAAAAAAUUAAUGCUAAAUAUGUAUACAAGUAUAUAUAUAUAAAUGUAUAUGUAAUCAUGUACGUAGCUGUAAAUCAAAUUGCUUAAAACUGAUAUAAAUAAAACUAAUAUUAAAUAUUAAUUGGAUCUAUACUACAAAAACAAAAACUGAAAUGAAAUUGAAAACGUGAUAGACGGUGUAUAGUGUGUGGUCUAGUGCAAUCAACUUGCAAAAUAAAAUUAAAAAUAGUAAUAUAUAUACUAUAUAUACAUAUAUAUGUAGAUGACAGAAGACAGAAUAUUGACACUUGCGGGCGUGUGCUAUAUGUACUUAUAUGGACACGAGAUUCAGCAGAACUUUCAUUAUUAGGCUUGGUACAAGUGAACGCAAUUCGUUCGCGAAUUUAUCUCUUUCAUUAGUUAAAUUCGUCAACUUACUUCUAAACCAGCUACAAUUUCCGCUAAAACAAAAAAUAAAAGAAAACAAAACGGUUGGCAUUAAAUUGAAAUCAUUGGGGAGAUUUUGUUGUAAAUUAUAACUGGCGGUGGCUUAGUUAUUUAUAUAUACAUAUAUAAAUAAGAUACAUAUGUACAUAACAUACAUACAAACAAGCAUAAGGAGUAACAACUCAAGCAAAAGAGCUGUUUAAUGGAGUAAAUGAAAAAGUAAAAAUGUGGUCGAAAAUAUGUAAGAAUGUGAGAAGCAGCAGCAGUUAAGCGACGUAAGCUAUAAGUUACUGAAGUGCGCGCUAAAUAAAUUACAAAAAUAAGAUAUAAUUAUACAAAAAUUGCAAAUGAGAUACUAAAGUAAAUGAUAUCAAGUAACUUAUUAACAUUAAUAAUAAAAUACAAUAAAAGCAUGAAUGUGUUAGCAUUAGUGGAAGGACGACUGGUAGUAGGCAGGAGUCACAUUGAGUCGUUGUGUCAGUAAU